UUUGUCCUCUCUGAGCCUCCAUUGUUACGAGAAACCCGGAGCUUCCGUUCCCCCGUCUCUCUCUCAGAGGGACGGACGGCCUUUCCAGUUCCGACCCGGUUCGGAUUCUGACCCGAAAACCGGGGCUUGUCUCGUCUCCGAGUUUGGAAACCUUUUCUCACCCCUGAUCGCCGCGCCCGAGAUUCAGGGGAUCUUGGCCAAUUUCGGCCGAUUGCGGUGAAGAUUCUCCGGCUCCCGUCACCUGUUUUUGGAAAUAGCAGCGGGCCUAGCUUCCACUUCUCGUGGGGUUUCCGGGCAUCGGUUCCAUUUUCGUGAGCUUCGUGGGUUUUCUUACUGCUGUUGCUGAAGAAGGAAGACAGACAGAGAAAGGAUAGCAGGCUGCAGCAGAGAAGGAGAAGCAGCUGCAGUAGAAGAAGAGUAAGAAGAUAGUCAUCAUAUCGGCAUACAAAGAUCUGCGGAGGAGAGGAGACAGACAGAGACAAGGCGAGGGGGGAGAAAGGAGAAAGGGAGGAGGGGGCCGUGGGGCGGAGGGUGUGACUGUGGACCCAUAACAGCUGCCGUCUCUUUGCUUCGGGAAAAGACGCGUAGGAGCGGUCGGAGCAAAUAUGUUCACAUGUAUAGCCUGCACGAAGCAGACGGACGAGGGCGGAGAGGGCGGCGAUGGGGCGGCGCGUAGCGGUGGCAGCGGCACCCCCAACUCCAAAGAAGCCGUCAAAAGCCUGACCACGCAGAUCAAAGACAUGGCGUUGAAAAUCUCCGGGACUUACCGCCAGUGCAAACCCUGCACAGGCUCGAGCAGUUACAAGAAAGGCGAGAGGCCAUAUCCAGACUUUGAUGCUGUCUCCGAAGGGGUCCCUUAUCCCUUCCUUGGAGUUGCGAGCUCCAGUUCCACACCGGCAUGGGACUUCACGGGCAGUUCUCACCAUCAUCCCGGUAGAUCCGAUUCAAGAUUUGGCGGAGGCUUUCGUGGGGACUGCACUCCUCGGGGAGUGUCAGUCUCAGCUCAGUCAUGCGAUGUGGUGUUGGAGGAUGAAGACGAGCCCAAGGAGUGGAUGGCCCAGGUUGAGCCUGGCGUUCAUAUCACAUUUGUCUCACUUCCUCAUGGAGGAAAUGACCUGAAACGGAUUCGGUUCAGCCGUGAUAUGUUCGACAAGUGGGAAGCCCAGAGAUGGUGGGCAGAAAAUUACGAUAGGAUCAUGGAGCUCUAUAAUGUCCAAAGAUUCAAUCGACAGGCUCUGCACACUCCGUCAAGGUCCGAGGAUGGGAGGGAUUCAAACUACACGAGGGUCGCAGAGAGCCCGAUGGUUCCCUCAGCCGGUCGAGAGUGGACACCAAGGAGCCACUACAGACCUCCUGGAGCUAAGCAGGAUCACGGCGGCGGGUACUACAAUGCGGGAUCGAGUUCCUACGGUCCAGCUGCUGGCCUCAGGAGCGACGCAGUUUCCAUGGACGCAUCGCGAAUGACCACCGACUCCCGGGACGAGGCUUCAGUUUCCUAUAGCAAUGCCAGUGAAGUCGAGACCGAGUGGGUCGAGGAGGACGAACCCGGCGUUUACAUCACGAUCAGGCAGUUAGUUGACGGCACAAGAGAGCUUCGGCGCGUAAGAUUUAGCCGGGAGAGGUUCGGGGAAGUCCGAGCGAAGACGUGGUGGGAGGAGAACAGGGAAAGAAUACAGGCUCAAUACCUCUGAGAAAGUUUUGGUCUUUCUUUUUUUCUUUUUCCAGUUACAUCAUCCAUCCCACAUACAGUUUAUGGAGGUUGAUUGAUAGAGGAAGGAAAACACAGGUGGAGUAGUAGCUUUUGGUAUAUCAAUUCAUUCAUUUUUCAUCUCAUAGUUGGGGUGAGGGGUAUAUGAUAUAUAUAUAUAUAUGCUUCUAAUUUUCAUUUACAUAUCUUAAUUAUAUAUGCCGCGACCUUUUCCGAAUUUCUGAUCGGGAACAUGGAAUCUCAUUCUGACAUGCCCAGCCGUGUCUCGGUGGUGGAUCGCCGGAUCCUCGAGCACGGGAUGUGCCUGUUGUAAGUGUUACUGCCCCAGUAAUUUUUUCGUUUCUCCCUGCUUGUUUCAUCAAUUAUAUCUUACUCGUGUCCUUAUGGAAGGGGCUCUCUUCUUUCUGUAACACAAACCUGGGGGAUUACGAAAAUGGUGAUAUUCAAACCCAUUUGCUGGUUAUUCAUUUGA